CGAACACGACUCAACGUAACUCUACAUAUUCCACAUACUACGUACAUUCUUUAUAUACAGCUGCUGUGAAGUGAAGAUCUCAUAGCUAAGAGCUGAAAAAACUUCCUCUUAAAAAAUAAUUCUCCUCCAUAUUGAUAUAGUACGUUGUUGCUAACCCAAGAAAGAGUGAUCAUGGCAGAUGCAGUGGUGACCUUUUUGUUGGAGAACCUGUUGCAGCUAGUGAAUGAAAAUGUGCUUAUUAAAGGUGUAGAUGAUGACUUCAAACAUUUGUUGGAAGAAGUUAAACGUCUAAAAGCCUUUCUUGAUGAUGCUGCCAAGUACCAAAGUGAAAGCAAUCAGUGGAAACACUUAGUGGAGGAGAUUCAGAGAACAGUGAACAGAACUGAGGAUAUUAUUGAUAAGUUCUUGGUUCAGGCAAAGCUGCACAAAGAGAAAAAUAAAUUGGGAAGAUUCUUUGAUGUGAGUCAUCUAGCUACAGUGAGGAAACUUGCAGCUGAGAUCAAAGACAUCCAUGAUAAGGUUAGGGAACUUCGACAAAACAAUCAACAAGCUUUUCUCCCCACCCCGACUCUUCAGAUGCCCACGAGAGGUGCCCAUGACACAACGCAGGCUUCUUAUUUGGAGGAUAAUGAAGUGGUCGGGUUUGAUGAGGAAGUGAGUCAAGUGAUUAAGCGACUUGUCGAAGGAUCAGAGGAUCUUGAUGUUGUGCCAAUAGUAGGCAUGCCCGGACUUGGAAAGACCACACUGGCAAGAAAAAUCUACAAUUAUACUCAGCUUUCAUUUGAAUUUUUCAGCAUCAUUUGGGUUUAUGUCGGCCAGAAUUACAAACUAAGGGAAGUCUAUCUCAACGUUCUCAAAGGGUUGAAGAAACGCGUUGAUGGAUAUCAAAUUAUGGGGGCAGAUGGUUUAGCUUGGGAAAUACGGGGUAAUAUAGCAAAAGGAGGUAAAUGCCUCAUCGUCUUGGAUGAUAUUUGGGAGCCACAAGUUGUGGAGGAUGUCAAGAAAGUUUUCCCGAAAAACAACAAAGGCCACCGAAUUCUGAUGACAACUCGCCAACAGAAUGUGGCCCUUUUUGCAAAUACAGAUCCUCAUCAAUUGAAAUUUUUAGAGGAGGAAGAAAGCUUUGAGCUGUUGGAAAGGAGAGUUUUUGGUAAAGGAAAUUGUCCCGCAGAGUUAGAAGAAGUUGGAAAAAUCAUUGCAGGAAAAUGUAGUGGAGUACCACUUGCAAUUGUGGUCAUUGCAGGAGGAUUAAGAGGUCAUCCGAACCAAAUCGAUUGGCUAAGAGUUGAGAGAGAUGUGGUGUUGCAUCUUUAUGGGGAUAACCACGAGAGCUGCUUGAAAUUAGUAGAGUUGAGUUACAAUUGUUUACCCAAGGAAAUGAAAACGUGCUUCUUGUAUUGUGGUGUCUUUCCUCGAGGUUUUGAUAUCCUUUCUUGGAAAUUGAUACGGUUGUGGAUAGCGGAGGGGCUAAUAAAGCCUCAGCAAACCUACACUCUUGAGGAGACAGCAGAGUUUUAUUUGAAUGAUCUUGUCAAUAGAAAUUUAGUGAUAUUGACGCAAAAGAGAUCUAAUGGUCAACUAAAAACAUGCCGCCUUCACGACAUGUUGCAUCAGUUCUGUAGAAUGGAAGCUAGUAAAAAAUGGCUUUUUCAAGAAAUAUGUCGAGCACCCGACCAAGCUGCUAUUCCUUCUAUACAAGACUCAGAUAGUUGUCGUCGAUUGUGUAUUCAACCCUCCAUUCUGGAUGACUUCCUCCACAAUAAGCUUUUUGCAGAACAUGUCAGAUCUUUCUAUUGUUUUUCUUCAAAACGAGAACAAAUCAAGUUGACUCGUGAUAAAAUCGAACUCAUCCACAAAGCGUUUCCACUUAUUAGGGUCUUGGAUGUUGAAUCUCUCAAAUUUCUUUUCUCCAAGGACUUUAACCAGUUAUUUCAUUUGAGGUAUGUUGCUAUCUCAGGUGACUUUAAGUCCCUUCCUCCGACCUUUGGUGGAUUCUGGAAUUUACAAACUCUUAUAAUAAAUACAAGUACCUUUGAGCCCAUCCUUGACAUAAAAGCAGACAUAUGGAACAUGUUACAGUUGAGGCAUUUGCACUCCAACAUACCUGCAAAAUUGCCAUCCCCUGCGUCCACGACAAGUAAACCUUCUUGUCUACAAACUCUUUCUACGGUUUCACCAGAAAGCUGCAAGAAAGAGGUGCUUCUCAAGGCGUGUAACCUCAGAAAAUUGAGCAUUCAAGGGCCAAUGGAGGGUUUUCUUGAUACUAAGGGUGGAAUCAGUAAUCUCCAAGAGCUAACGUCCCUGGAGAAUUUGAAACUAUUGAAUGAUGUUCCUUACGUGUUUAAAGCGCUUUGCCUUCCUCCAGCAUUCUUCAGACUUGUAAGUACAGUGAAGAAGUUAACUUUGACAAACACAAGGUUUUCUUGGAGUGAGGCGGAUAAAUUAGGGAUGUUGGAGACCCUUGAGGUCCUAAAGUUGAAGGAAUUUGCAUUCACGGGUGAGUCCUGGAAGCCAAGGAUAGGAGGUUUUAGCCAACUCCAGUUCUUAUGGAUUGAAUGGGCAGACUUGGAAACCUGGGAGGCUUCGAUUCUUAACUUCCCCAUACUUAGGCACCUUGUUCUUAUCCACUGUGAUAAGCUCGACAGUGUGCCACUUGGGCUGGCGGAUAUACACAGCCUUCAAGAGAUGAGGUUGGAGAACACAAGCAGAGCUGUGAGAUCUGCAAAAGUUAUACGAGAAAGGAAGACAUCUAGAGGCAUGAAAGUCAAGCUCAGCAUAUUCCCUCCUGAAAGUACUGAUUCCAAUGCCACACAAGGUUGAAAGGGGAGAAUUGGGACAUUGAGCUUGUCCUCGGGUCAUGGAUAUGGUGUCACCACAUUUCAUUUUUUAUGCAGUCCAGUCAUCUGAUAUGGUUGUUCCAAUAAAGCAAACUUGUGUCUUUUGGAAGAUGAGUCUGUGGACUUGAAACAAGCCCUUCCUAGGUCCGUCGCAUUUCGAGUUCCCCAUCAUGUGGAGUUUUUCCUUUCUUAGUUGUAAAACUACUGUUUACUUGUUUCCAGUUUAUUGUCUGUAUUGCUUUACUUCAUUAUCUGUUGUUUCUUAAGCAUGUUCCACUGACAUUGUUGAAGACAUCUUAUUCCAACCAGUUUGCUGAUUUUGAAUUUG